UGGAGGUUAGCUACUGGAAAUUUGUAUAGAACCGUGGGAUUAACGUUUGGAAUCGGCCGAUGUACUGCCAUGAAUGUCAAGGACGAAUUCUGCUCUACCUUGAUGAGAAGAGCUAAUGAUUUCAUCAAAUUUAGGUAGUAUUACGAGUGAAUUCGUCCGCCAUUUCAAAACCAAAGUGAACCACGAGGUGAGCACGAGCGACUGGAAAAUAUUUGGCAGGUCACGAUUUGGCAGGCAUCUGUCACUACCGGCAGUGUGAUUGGCUGCGGCAUUUACCAGGACAAGUUAUACCAUCUGGCGAGGUAGUAAUUUCCGGUCAUAAGGGCGAGAUAGUAUCUAGUUUUUUCAUGUGAAAACAGCUUGCAUUUUUAACUCGCUUAACUUAGGACAAGCUGUUUUCACUGAACUUCCGGACUUUUCCGACUUUAACUAGUCAAACUUGUCCUAGUGAAAACACAGCCUGUAUGUAUGUAUGUAAAAAGAUCUUUCAUCUUGUGACUCAAUUGCAAAUCAGCAUUUACAUGUUACAACUGUUACGUUUUUGAAAUGCGCCCUCGCCUUCCUCGUCUCUUCUAUCCGCGUGGUUACCUCGAGCGUUGCGUCCUGUGACCUCAGGCUGGAGAACUUGAUGUUGGAUAGAUGACGCUUACAACACCAGGAUUAAUUUAAGAAUAAAAGAUGACAGAGGAGGCUGACACACCGCUUCUGCCUGAAAAACAAAAGCUAAGUUUUCCUUCAGUGACCACUCAAAAAGGAACCUCGCUACUCGAGAGGGUUAGAACAACUAUAUUCAAGAAUCUUUUGCCAAUUAGCCUGAUUUUCUUCGUAAUACUAGGUAUUUUGGUUCCACAACCUGGCGUUUACUUCAGCAAACUGCCGGCCAACUAUGUUUGUGUCAUUGGUAUAUUCCUUCAUAGUGGACUCAAACUUAAAACAGAAGAAGUACAAGACGCUUUGAAAUCUUUCAAGGCAAUGAUCUGGGGAGUUGUUUGUAUCUUGUUUAUUACACCAGUGAUUGGCGGCCAACUCACUGGUCUUCUCCCUUACACUGAGGCAAGGGAUCAGAGCGCAAAAAACUCUACAAAUGGUUCUUUGUCUAUUGAGGAACACGCAAAUGGUAGUUCCAUACUCGGUCCAGCUUUAUUUCAGGUUGGAAUGCAGGUUUACUUCAUUGUUCCUUGUACGAUUUCGUCUGGGAUUAUAUUGACAGCUCAAGCUGGGGGUGCUGUCGCAUUAUCUGUACUGCUCACAGUGUUUUGUAACUUGGCGGCUGUAUUCACUGUUCCGCCUCUUGUGGCCUGGAUAAUAAAUUUUGAGGAUGUCAGACUGGAUCCUGUUAAACUUUUGAUUAAGUUGGUGCUGACUGUGCUUCUUCCAUUACUGGUUGGUAAAGGACUAAGCUACAUGCCACAUGUGAAGACAUUUGUCACAAAAUACUCCAAAAUUCUGAAAGCUACCAGCAUCAUACUGUUGGCGAUGAUUCCCUGGUUGAAAGUCAGCCGAGCAAGUGCACAAAAAGCCUUCAGUGGGAUCUCUGUUUGGAGUAUUUUUGCAGUUCUUGGAUGGGGCUUAGCAAUGCACUUGCUAUUCAUUAUUGUUAUUCUUCUUCCAUGUUUUGCCUUGAAACUGGGAAAACCUGCUCUGAAGUCAGUUGUUAUCUUGGCUAGUCAAAAAACUCUGGCCAUUGCAGUAACAAUAUGUGGUUAUCUUCCAUUUACACAAGCUGAGCAAGGUGACGUCACAAGCUUUGCUGAAGUUACUUUCAGCAGUAUUUCGAGUUUUUGUACAUUAUUUGGAACCGGCAAGUACAGCCGAAUAAUAUCUAUUAUCAUACCGCUGGCAGUACCCAUGGGUAAAAUGAAGCGAAUCACGUGUGAUUGCCCGCUUCAAUCCCGCGCAAAAAAAAGAACGCAGAAAAGACCUCGGCUGAUAUCCUGCCAUGUUGACCUCACGCUUGGUCAAUAA